ACAAUUAGACGUUCAAAUCUCGUGAGACCGAAUGGAACCGAGCAAAGGAUGAAUUAACAGACGGAUUUAGAACAGAAAAUUAUUAUUUCUGCUGUCACAUCAUUCACCAUCAUGGGAGUGGCUGACGAGCUGAAAAAGACCAACAAAGGACUCCUUCGGUAUAAGCGAGAGCUCAGCUCGGAGCUCGUGCAGAAACUAACAGAUGAGGUGUCUGCCCCUCCAAAGUUGUUUAUCUAUCACCCAGAAAACACGUCCUACAGGACUGAAGGCAAGGUUGUGCCAAGUCUGCAAAGUCCAGAUGAGAAGCAAGACAAAGGGAAAGACGAAGUUGCAGAGAAGGAUGUCUCCGCCUCCUCCAGUAAGGCUGUUGAUUGGACGGGAGACUGCACCGAGGAGGACAAGCCUCUGCCAACCAGCCUGAAGCUGUACACAUCACCUCCUGUGUCCCCCGACUAUGGCCGCACCAGUUUACAGAUCCGCCACUUUGAAGUCAUGUUUGAAAACAAGGCCAAGGACCUGAUUGAAGCCAAGAGGAAGCAGUUUGAGAGGAAUGAGCAGGAGCUGCAGCUGAUGGUGGAGCAGAAGGCGAACCAGCUGGAGGAGAAGCAGCGUGAGGAGAUGAGGAGACUUUACGAGCAGACGUCCAGACUACAGCUGAAAGAGAAAGCUGAGAAGCAAGAGGAUUCAGCAGAUGAGAGACAGCCAUCGAACGAGGAAAAAGGUUUUGUUGAAAGGAUUCAAGAUGACAAACUGCUUGAAGGAGAGAGGAAAAAGCUGCAAUUGCAGGAAGAAGAAAGGAGAAGGAAUGAGCAAGAAAAGAGGCAAGCCGUGUUGCAGCAGUGUUACUUAAAAAUCAAACAGACUCAUGACAACCUCACAGCUUUGUACGACAACUGUAAAUACAAACAGCACCUGCCAGAGUCAGCUCAAGCUCCGAAACAGGUGUGUGUGCAGAUCAUGGCAAAGGCCGACAGCAUGAUGAAGAAAGGAGAUCUGGCAAUGGAGGAAGUGCAGGGGAUGAGGAACCUGAUGGAGUACUCCAAGAACACAUUUGACUUCAUGGUGAAACAUCUCGAGGAGGCUACAAGAAAAGGCAAAGCAGAGGAAGCUGAGCUGGCCAAACAGCAGCAGCAGAAGCAACAACAGCAGCAGCAACAACAACAACAGCAGGCACAGCAGAAGGCAGCAGCAGAAGCAGCUCAGGCUGCAUCUGCUUCGACCCCAGGUGUUCCAGCAACUACAGGAACUCCAUCAGCAGCUGCAGUGAGACAGAGUGUUAUUGAUGAAGUGGUGACAGAGUAUGAGCUGUACAAGGCCAAGCUGGAUGACAUGACCAAGUCACUUGCUGCGUUUACAGCUAACACACAGAUGAAGAAGUAUCGGUUUGAGCUGCAGAAAUCUGUGAACACCCCUAUCAAUUCCAUAGCCCCAGUGGACGGCUCCAACCUGAGGGACAAACUGCAGAAACUCAUCCACCUACUUGGGGGACACCAGAUUGAGGGGAAACAUGUGUCUGCUAAAGAUGCACCAGAGGGAAUCCCCUUCUGCAAAAACCUCAUAGCAAGAAUGUUUGUGAGAAAGGGAGAGGAGCAGGUCUCGUCUAAACAUGAAUCUGCAUUUGCCAUCGCCAUGGUAGCAGCAGGACUGUGGCUAGAACACAGUGAUAUAGGGGACCUGAUGAUGGCACACUUCCACAGCUUCUGUCCCUACAUUGUGCCGCUCUACAUACCCAAAGACAGCAGUAUGUCAUCACAGGACUACCACAGAAUGCUAGGUUACAAAGUUGAUUCUGACGGAACGAUAGAAGCUCAGGACAAGUUUCUGAAGAGGAUGUCCGGCAUAAUGCGACUGUAUACCGCGAUUCUUGUCUCAUCUCCACCAAGAUCAAACGCAGUUCACCCACACGGGAUAGAGCACGCCUGGAUCUGGUUGGCACGAAUUCUCAAUAUGGAUCCUCAGCCUGACAUUACAGCGACCUUGACCUAUGAUAUGCUCCAGGUGACAGGUCACACGCUGUUCAGUGUGUACAAGGUUCAGUUCGUGAAGCUGCUGUUCCUCCUCUACAAAGAGUUCUUGCCCAAGCUGAAAAGUGUGUCUGUGGCUGGGGGACCGGUAGCAAGACUUGAGCAGUUCCUCGAAAAAACAUUGAACAAGUUUAAGAUGAAGCAGAUUAUGCCACAUCCGGAUGGGUAUCUCGCACAAAACUUCUGGUUUAGUUGAUGAUGGAAUAUGGGUGCUAACAUGACAGUCGCUGUAUUUUCCUUUCAAGUUACAGGAAGCAAGCUGGUUGUAGAGGUGCAAGAUUGAUACUUGAUUGUGGAAACUGAUGCUGAAUUCUGGAAAUUCAGACUGGUAUACUGGAAAUAUUUUAAUGAAAUUUUGUAAAUUAACUCUUAUAAUGCCACAUUCAGAUGGAUGUAUCAUACAAAACUUCUGGUUUUAUGAUGAUAUUAGGGCUACUUGUAAGUCAAGUAGUGUUUUUUUAAACGGUUCAAGAAAGAAAUAUCACAAGUUGACAUUGAUACAUGUGGAGUACUGACAAAAUGAAAAAUGAUUGCCUAAUUGUCCUACAUAUUUUCAAUUUGAGCAGACGUGGUACCCAUUCAUAACUUUGAAACUGAUAGACACCAUCCCUGUUAGCCCAUUGUGUAACAAAGGCUUAUGACAUUAUAUGUGAAUAGAUCUUAAAAGUUCCAUAAGCCAAACCUUUCUUGUACAGGAUUACUAAAUGUUGUCAGUUGUCCAUGACAUGUGUAUGGUUGUACAGUGAACAUCAGAAUGAGAUGCAAAUGUUCCAGCAAAAUGAAUUAUGAUGAACUUGAUGAUGAAGAUUUUUCACAACACUUUUUACGAGGUACUGUAAAUAGAUUUUGUUCGUAAUGUGAAUAUGAAGGCAGUUUUUGCAGUAUCAUGAUGUAAAUAUGUGUUUAUAUGUAAAUAUAAAUUCAUUUUUAAAACUU